AUGACUUCUACAACUUUGACAAUGGACCCCCGCAACGAACACGUCCUGAGAGAAUUUCGCGAGGGGACGCUGCCUCUCGUCAUUUACCAAGGCACUACCAUGUAUACAUGCGACACAAGACUGGGAGAAGGUGCCUAUGGGUCGUGCUAUAAGGCAGCCACGGAUUAUAAACAGGUCGUCCUGAAGAUAUCGUAUUGCCCUCCCGAGAAACCCAACAGCAAGGUGGUAGCCACAAACGAAGCUCAAAUCCUGUCUACCUUGAGCCACCCAUACAUCGUCCAGUCCCUCAAGAGCUUCGAGGUGGGCAAUCUGACCAUCCUCGUGCUGGACCUGUAUGAAGGAGGAGAUUUGCAUGCCAAACUCGCGUGCAGUAGGGCCAACAAGAACAUAAAGGCGGGUCUUCCCGAAGCUGACGUGUCCAAAUGGAUGUGGCAGGUUCUUGAGGCGUGCCUAUACCUCCAUAAUGAACUCGGCUUGGUCCAUAGGGACUUAAAGCCCGCCAAUGUUCUCUUGGAUGGUCAUGGAAACGCCCGAGUAGCCGACUUCGGCUUUGGUUUCUAUCUAUCAAAAGGUCUAAAGACCAACUGUGCCGGGACACCAGGGUUUUGCGCCCCAGAGGUCAUUGCAAGAAAUAUGUAUGGCCAAGAAAUUGACGUAUUCUCAUACGGUGUGAUGGUCCGUCAAAUGCUUUAUGGGACACACCCUGAGAGCAGAGAAGAACUGAAGGGGAAAAGCGCUGCAGCAACAAAGUUGAUAAACGACUGCAUGAAAUCCCAGUACCUGCGAGUAUCCUUCGCCGAGCUGCGAGAAUACGAGUUCUUCGCUCGCUGGAGGAACGCCAACGGCAAUGGCAAGCGACCCUUGAGAAACAGCGACCUCGAUGAGGAACCCAGGAAGCGCUUGGAACUUUCGCCCUCGUCAGUGUCCGCUUCCGUGCCUGCCUCCGUGACCCCUAAACCCCGCGCUGCCGCCUCGACUCCCUCGCAAUGCAACGCCGCCGAGGCUGCUCCAGAGCUGGUUGAGGAGCUGGCUGGUCUCUCUCAUAUCCCGAUUGCCGAAGACCCUAUGCCAUUCUGGAUGGCAUUGAUCACACCCGACCCCGACCUGGUGUUCAUGCUCGCCGUCGCCCAGAUGGAUCCCCUGAACGAUCCUUUGAGCUUGGCUGUGGGUGAGGACCAGCAGGAACUCACUGACUUUGGAUUCCUGGACCAGCUCUGCAGUACUCACGAGUCGUGA